GAAUACUUUAAUUAGAAAUAAAUAAUUCUGAGUUUUUCAUUUUCCUCUUCUUCUCUCCUUCAAGAUCUCUCUCUCUCGCAGAAGAGAAACCCUAAAUCUCACCGGAAUACAAGAACGCCGAGCCGGGGAUUUCCAAUUUCUUCGUUAACGAUGUCUUCCUCGUCGUCAUCGAGGAAACUAUCCCAGGAGAAUCCGAUCCCUCGUCCGAACUUAGCCAAGACUCGAACCUCCUCACUCCGCGAUGUUGGUAACCGUCGUAUUCCCCUCGGCGACAUCACAAACCAGAAGCCUCCUGGCUCGAAAAAUUCUUCAUCGUCGUCUACUCUGGUGCAUUGUUCGAAUAAGAUUGGUCAAUCGAAGAAAGCACCAAAGCCUGAUUUGUCUCGUAACUGGAAUUUGGGAAUCCUCGAUUGCGGUUUACCUCCCAAGUCAAUUGCGAAAUCAAACGUAAUCGUUCCUUGCGAAGACACAGAAUUGCCUCAAAUCGAUGAUAAGCUUCUAUCUUCAUCACCUCCUCUAUCAUCCUUGGAUGCCUCUCCCACUCAAUCAGAUCAGUUUAGAUCCACUCGUGACUCUUUGGAGAGUCCCAAAGUAGAAUACAUGGUCGAGAGCAGUACUGCUCUCCCGGAGUAUGCAGAGUCAUCAAACACUGAUUUUGGGAAUGAUCAUAAGAUUGUGAACAUUGAUAGUAACUUGAUGGAUCCACAGCUUUGUGGUGCCUUUGCUUCUGAUAUCUACCAGCAUUUGCGUGUAGCUGAGUUAGAAAAAAGACCGGCUCUGGAUUACAUGGAAAGAAUUCAGCCAAACAUCAAUGCUAGUAUGCGUUCUAUACUGAUUGACUGGCUUGUGGAGGUUGCUGAAGAGUAUCGGCUUUCGCCUGAGACGUUGUACUUGGCAGUGAACUAUGUAGAUCGGUAUCUUACGGGCAGUGUAAUGACCAAGCAAAAUCUGCAGUUACUUGGUGUUGCCUGCAUGAUGAUUGCAGCAAAAUACGAAGAAGUGUGUGUGCCCCAAGUGGAGGAUUUCUGUUAUAUCACCGAUAACACAUACUCAAGAAACGAGCUUUUGGAGAUGGAGUCUUCUGUUCUGAACUACUUGAAGUUCGAAUUAACAACUCCAACCGCAAAAUGUUUCUUGAGGCGCUUUCUUCGUGCUGCUCAAGGCGGAAAGGAGGUACCAUCACUGCUGUCCGAGUGUCUAGCCUGCUAUCUCACCGAAUUAUCGCUAUUAGAUUACGCUAUGCUACGAUACACUCCAUCACUCGUUGCAGCCUCUGCAGUUUUCUUGACACAACACAUACUACACCCUUCAAGAAAACCAUGGAACGCUACGUUAGAGCAUUACACAUCGUACAAGGCUACACAUAUGGAAGCAUGCGUUAAGGAUCUUCUUCAGCUGUGUCAUGGGAAUCCCUCAUCUGAUGUAGUUGCAGUCAGAAAGAAGUACAGUCAACACAACUACAAGUUUGCAGCAAAAAAGCUUUGCCCCACAUCACUACCGCAAGAGCUAUUCCUUUGCUAGGCUUCUCGGUAUCUUCUUUUUUCUUCCACUCUUGUCUUGUCUUGUAGGUAUUGUUGAUAAAAAAACUCAUUGGGUGAAGCAAAUGUACUCAGUUCUAGAUGUGUGGACGAAAAAUACUACUAAUCAAUAUGUAAAGGUUUGUUUCUUUAUAAAGAAAUGUACGUACA